UAUGCUCCUCUCCUUGAUCCCUGGAUUUUCCCUUAGCAGUAAAGCCUGUGUCUGUCUUUUUUUUUUUCCUUCGAGGGUUUUUAGCAAGCUGGCAAAAGGUCCUUCCCUCCGCAGUGUUAGGAGGCACCCCAAUUCUCCAGAAAAAAAUGCACGCAAUAGUGUCAGGACGGUCCAGAAACCUCAGCGCGCCUAGACACGCUUGUAGCAGAUUAGGGCUAUUCCACCCUGCCCAAGAGCCACACGAGGGGAAGAGAAAUGUUACAGAGGAACCACCGCCCCCUAGUGGCUGCAGCUUAUUCCUGCAAGCAGAUUAGCCUCUUCUGCAGACCGAGGAGGCGGCGCGCGCCCCCUAGCGCCUCGGAACCGUAGCUAGAGCAGAAAAGAAGAGGUAGCCGGAGACCACGCGGCGCCAGGCAGGCGCGUGCGUACAGGCGCCUCACUCGGCCUGGGGACUCGGAAGAGCCCAAGUGCCAGAAGCCAGAGGGGAGUGAGCGGUGGAUUCAGGGUCACUCUUCCCCGUUCCUAGGCUUCGACCUUUCCUUCCUGACUUCGUUGCAAUUGGUGAUUUAACUCAGAUCGGGAAGCCGCGCAGGGAAUCAAAAGUAGGGGCGAGAGGCUUGCGUAGCUGAGACGUGUUGCUCUCCAUUCCCCUCCCCACGACGGGGGGGCGGGUUGGGCCGGCCCCGGGUCAGGAGGCGCGGGGGCGGAAGCCGCGAGGGCGCCUGUGGCUGUCAGAGCUAGAGCCGGGAGACUGAGCCGAAACCCGAGCGAGCCGGCCAUGGAGAGUCACCGCUGGCUGCCUCUGGAGGCCAAUCCCGAGGUCACCAACCAGUUUCUUAAACAAUUAGGUCUGCAUCCCAGCUGGCAAUUUGUUGAUGUGUAUGGUAUGGAACCUGAACUCCUUAGCAUGGUGCCACGACCAGUUUGUGCAGUAUUGCUUCUCUUUCCAAUUACAGAAAAGUAUGAAGUAUUCAGAAUAGAAGAGGAAGAAAAAAUAAAAUCAGAAGGACAAGAUGUCACAGAAUCAGUAUAUUUCAUGAAGCAAACCAUCAGUAAUGCCUGUGGAACAAUUGGGCUGAUCCAUGCCAUUGCUAACAACAAAGACAAGAUGAAUUUUGAAUCUGGAUCAACAUUGAAAAAGUUCUUGGAAGAAUCUCUAAGUAUGAAUCCUGAAGAAAGAGCCAGAUACCUAGAAAAAUAUGAAGCUAUUCGAGUUACUCACGAAUCGAGUGCCCAUGAAGGUCAGACAGAGGGGUCAGGACUGGGACCGAAGAGUGGAAGUUACUGGGAGGCAAAUUUCAGCUCAUUAGAAAACGUUCUUCAACAAUUAAAGCCACCUGAAAAUCAAAUGGACUGCCAUGUUGAGUCGUCCUCGCCAUCCUCAUCCCAGCCUCAUUCUAGCCACUGCAGAACGAAGGCCUCACCAUUGUGUCACCAUGCAUCCCUGCCCUGGGUCAAACGUAACCAUGUAGGUCCAGCAAAGGCUACCAGCCCAUCUCUCCGUCUUCGUCGCUGGCGGCCCUUCUUACGCCUGCCGUCUGUGGGGCUUCAUUCUGUUGCACCAAGUAUAGAUGAAAAAGUAGAUCUGCAUUUUAUUGCAUUAGUUCAUGUAGAUGGACAUCUCUAUGAAUUAGAUGGGCGCAAGCCAUUUCCAAUUAACCAUGGGAAAACUAGUGAUGAUACUUUAUUAGAGGAUGCCAUAGAAGUUUGCAAGAAGUUCAUGGAACGGGACCCAGAAGAAUUGAGAUUUAAUGCAAUUGCUCUUUCUGCAGCAUAGCUUAUGUGUAGUGGAAACACCAGUACUGUAUUAUUUGUAAUAAAAAUAAAAUUCCUCCUGCCAUAUGCCAGUACUCACAAAUUUUGAUAUUUUCAUGAUGAUAUUGAUGAUACUGACCAAUAAUAGUUUAUGUGGAUUAAACUUUGAAUCAAUCUUUU